AUGGCCCGUCUUCCCAUCCCGUCUUCUCUCCUGCUCUUGCGAACGAUGCUCACCCUUCCAGGGUCUCCUUCAAUUGCAGUAGUAACCUGGGUCCCGGGCCUCUGUGGUGCUCCUGAUGUCCCUCACCCACCCCUGAAGAUCCCAGGUGGGCGAGGGAAUAGUCAACGGGAUCACAAUCUUUCAGCUAACUUAUUUUAUUCGGAUAAUCGACUGGUGAUAACAGAAGAUUUAGCUUCCACCAGCAAGACUAAAAUCCUUCACAUUCAGUCCAGGCUCACUGACUCCAAGCAGGUCAGUUGGAGGGCAAUGCUCAGCAAUGCAAACAUGUACGUGGAGAUAGUCCCUGGUGCCCUCCCUGAAGGAAGCAAGGAUAGUUUUGCCCUUCUGCUUGAGUUUGCUGAGGAACAUUUACAAGUGAACAAUGUGUUCAUCUGUUUUCACAAGAAUCGGGAUGACAGAGCGGCACUUCUUCGAACAUUCAGUUUUCUGGGCUUUGAGAUUGUGAGACCGGGUCAUCCCCUUGUCCCGAAAAGACCAGAUGCUUUCUUCAUGGCUUACGCGAUUGAGAGAGAUUCCUUGGAUGAAGAAUAA